AUGGUUCUCGGACGCCUGAUGCACUACACAUUCGAUAUCGCACUCGUCACGACCGUUCUGGCGGGCGUCAAGCGGCAUACGGGCUUCCAGGUCAACACCUCUACAAUCCCCGAAGGUCCCUUCCGCCAGACCGCCGACGUCGUCCUCGGCACCGGCGAGCGACUGUUCGACUUUGCGUCGGCGAUGAGCUACACUUCCUCCUUGUUUGAGCGCGAGACGCCCAAGCCUAAGUGA